AGCAGGGCGUCCAGUCUAACCUUGAUGAGUCCGUCGAGCUCCACCGGGCUGCACUACUCCUUCGUCCCCUCGGUCAUUCUGAUCGACCAUGGUCUCUCAACGAUCUCGCCGUCGGCCUGGGCGACAGAUUCAUGGAGCAGGGCGUGCUGUCUGAUCUUGAGGAGUCCAUCGAGCUCCUUUGUGCUGCACUGCUCUUUCACCCCCCCGGUCAUCUUGCUCGAUCGUUGUCUUUCAACAAUCCCGCCCCCACCCUUCAAGAAAGAUUCAGGCUGCAAGGCGCCCCAUCUGACCUUGAUGGGUGCA